AUGGACGCGGCGGAGGGCGGCGUGUGCGGGGUGAAGGUGAUGUGCCGCUUCAGGCCGCUCAACGACGCCGAGCGGAGCCGCGGAGACAAAGACGUCCCCAAAUUCAACGGCGAGGACACGGUGGUGGUGGCGGGGAAGCCGUACGUGUUCGACAGAGUUCUUCCUCCGAACUCGGAGCAGGUUCAGGUGUACGACACCUGCGCCAAGCAGAUCGUCAGAGAUGUGUUGGGAGGCUACAACGGCACCAUCUUUGCUUACGGUCAGACGUCGUCAGGAAAGACUCACACCAUGGAGGGGAAGCUGCACGACCCCCGGCUGAAGGGCAUCAUCCCUCGCAUCGCCAGUGACAUCUUCGACCACAUCUACUCCAUGGACGAGAACCUGGAGUUCCACAUCAAGCUGUCGGGGAAACUUUACCUGGUGGACCUGGCGGGCAGCGAGAAGGUCAGUAAAACAGGAGCAGAAGGUUCCGUGUUGGAUGAAGCCAAGAACAUCAACAAAUCUCUGUCUGCUCUGGGGAACGUCAUCGCGGCUCUGAGCGAAGGAACGAAAACCCACGUUCCGUACAGAGACAGUAAGAUGACCCGGAUCCUGCAGGACUCUCUGGGAGGAAACUGUCGAACCACCAUCAUCAUCUGCUGCUCGCCGUCAGUCUACAACGAGGCCGAGACCAAAUCCACGCUCAUGUUUGGACAGAGAGCUAAAACCAUAAAGAACACGGUGUCUGUGAAUCUGGAGCUGACGGCCGAGGAGUGGAAGAAGAAGUACGAGAAGGAGAAAGAGAAGAACAGGAGUCUGAACAUCACCAUCCAGAAGCUGGAGAACGAGCUGAAACGCUGGAGGAAAGGUGAGUCGGUACCUGUGGAGGAGCAACUGAGCAGGAACAAGAAGAGCGGCGGCGAGGCGACAGCGGUGAUUGACAGCUUGGCUCCGCCCCCCGCCCCUCUGUCCAAUGAGGAGAAGACGCAGUACGAGACGCUCAUCACCGACCUGUACCAGCAGCUGGACGACAAGGACGACGAGAUCAACCAUCACAGCCAGACGUCAGAGAAGCUGAAGGAGCAGCUGGUGGAGCAGGACGAGCUGCUGGCGUCCAGCCGGCAGGACUACGAGCGGCUGCAGGACGAGCUGUCCCGCCUGCAGAGGGACAGCGAUUCGGCCAAAGAGGAGGUGAAGGAGGUGCUGCAGGCGCUGGAGGAGCUGGCCGUCAACUACGACCACAAGAGCCAGGAGGUGGAGAACAAGAACCGCUGCAACGAGCAGCUGAACGAAGAGCUGGCGCACAAAACGGUGAGUCUGGAGACGUCGCAGAGGGAGCUGUCGUCUCUGCAGGAGGUCAGCGCUCAUCACAAGAAGCGUUCGGCGGAAAUCCUCAGUCUGCUGCUCAGAGACCUCAGCGAGAUCGGCAGCGUCCUCGGAACCACCGAGCUCAAAGCUAUGACGGAGGUGAGCGGCGUGAUGGAGGAGGAGUUCACCACAGCUCGGCUCUACGUCAGCAAGAUGAAGUCUGAGGUGAAGUCUCUGGUGAACCGCAGCAAGCAGCUGGAGGUGAGCCUGGCGGAGAACGGCUGUCGGAUGGAGGCCACCGAGAAGGAGCUGGGCAGCUGCCAGCUGCUGGUGUCGCAGCUGCAGGCGAAGCUGGCGUCGCUGAGCAGCGACCUGCAGAAGAUGGAGCAGAAGAAGAGGCGGCUGGAGGAGAGUCAGGACGCUCUGAUGGAGGAGGUCGCCAAGCUCCAUGCUCAAGGUCAAAUGCACGAGCUGAACGUGAUGGACAAAGAGAAGGAACACAUGAGCCGGCUGAAGGACGCCGUGGAGAUGAAGAGAACGCUGGAGGAACAGAUGGAGAACCACAGAGAAGUUCACCAGAAACAGCUGAGUCGCCUCCGAGACGAGAUCGAGCUGAAGCAGAGAGACGUCGACCAGCUCAAAGACGUGAGUCAGGCUCUGCAGCUGGAGAACAGAAAGCUGCAGUCCGACUUCGACAAACUGAGAGCCGAAGAUCAGAACAAAGAGCAGAAGCUCCAGAAGCUGCAGUUCCUGAACGAGAAGCGAGAACAAGCCAAAGAGGACCUGAAGGGUUUGGAGGAGACUGUGGCCAAAGAGCUGCAGACGCUCAACCACCUCCGCAAACUCUUCAUUGAGGACAUCGGCUCCAGAGUCAAGAACAGUUCAGAGAACGACAGCGACGAGGCCGGCGGCAGUCUGGCUCAGAGGCAGAGGAUCGUCUUCUUAGAAAACAACCUGGAGCAGCUCAGCAAAGUCCACAAACAGCUGGUUCGGGAUAACGCUGAUCUUCGCUGUGAGCUUCCGAAGCUGGAGAAGCGUCUUCGGGCGACGGCUGAGCGGGUGAAAGCUCUGGAAACCGCCCUGAGGAACGCCAAAGAGUCGGCCGUCAGGGACCGCAAACGCUACCAGCAGGAGGUGGACCGCAUCAAGGAGGCCGUGCGCUCCAAGAACGUCUCCCGGAGAGGACACUACGCUCAGAUCGCUAAACCAAUCAGAGCUGGCCAUCAGCACCCGUCCUCGUCUCCGUCCGUCAGACCGUCCAUCAGAGGAGGCGGAGCAACGGCCAGUCCGCAUCACCGCUACCCCCGGCAACAGCAACCUCAGCAGCAGCAGCAUCCUCAUCAGAGCCACAGCAAGUAG